AACCUCGUUCGUUAUUGUGGACAUACACGGAUCCGAAGGCCAGAACAUGACGUUGUACCAGCGUUCCGAGUCUCGACGAUGAUAUUGCUCCGGGACUCGCCGAUCCCGUGAAAACAUCAUCGCGAAUUUGGCGUUCACUUCUCCGUCGCGCGGCCCGAUGGAGGUUGACAGCGAGAUGUUGACGCGACUGAGUCAGCAGGACACCAGUCUCUGCCGUGUCUGUCUGAUCGCGGAUCACAACAAUCGAUGCAUCUUUCGCGAGAGCUGGGACGACCCGAACAGCCCGAGCGUCUCCGAACUGUCGACGAAGUUGCGCUUAUGCGGCGGUGUGGAGGUGCUGGAGGACGAUGGCUUGCCCACCAGCAUCUGUCUCGAGUGUAUGACGAAAGUCAACGUCGCCUACGAGCUGAGAGAGCAGUGUCAAAAGGCUGACAUGAAGCUCAGGAAGCUCUAUGGUAAAGCCUUGAGGAGGAGUGUCGCUGGUAACUGCAUUUCUACAAAGGACCAGAGUUGUCAGACUGAACAAUUUUAUAUCUCUCAUACAAUCAAAUUGGAAGACGCAGAACCAAGCAUGGGCAAUGUAAUUAAUACAGAGAAGAGUCUCCUUGCGGCAUCAAAGACUAUCAUGAAACAUGAACAAAUCAUGGAUGCAUUUAAUCAAAUCAAUUGUGCGGAGGACAUACUGGUAGAUAAUGAACCAGAUCCAGACUGUGUUAACAAAUCUAAAGAAGUAGGAUACGAGAAGAUUGCUAAGAGAGAAGCUUACAGAACAAGAAGGUUGACCAUGUUUAAGAGGGUCACGUCUAUGGAGAAUCUGAAGAAUCACAAGGAGAGACAGAGAAGAUACAUCAAGAAAAGUGUGAGCGUGAAACGCGACGGUAGCGAUUACGAGCAUCAGACAAAGAUCAGAAGGAACCUGCAUGGUAGAGUGGACAGAACGUCUGAAUUCGAUUCGUAUAAAUGUUUGACAUGUGAUAGAUUUUAUUCCAGUAAGAAGUCCCUAGAUAGACACACGUUGACUCAUAACGACAAAAAGUUCAAAUGCGAAAGCUGUGAUAAACAAUUUUUCUGCCUGGACAAGCUGCUCAAGCAUGUGGAUCUGCACAAAACGAAGGAAAAGCCGCAGCCGGUGCUGUGCCGAAUCUGUAACAAGAGCUUCAGAAAGACCGACACCAUGGUGAGACAUCUGAACGCUCACAAGAGAGCCAAUCCCAAGGAGGUGUUCUCCAUACUCAAGGAGAUACGCGAUCGCAGGAAAUUGGAGAACAGCCCGAAGUCCUCAGAAACGUGUCCGCCGAACGUGGACGAGGAAACAGCGCGGAAUGAGAGAUCGCAGAGCGAGAGCGAGGGCAGCACGACGAAGUCGCUGAGGAGACGCAGCGUCCGGACGGAGCAGAGAGACUCAGAUGUGCUGAACAGUGACUCUAGCAACGACAGGCCCGAGUACCACGUGGACGAAACAUUGUUGCACCAUUGCAAACACUGCAACAAACGCUACUCCACCGAGAGAUCCCUCCAACGUCACCUGUUGAUACACGACGAGAAGAAAUUCGUCUGCAGCGUGUGCAAUAUGAAGUUCUACCGGCAAGACCGACUGAAGAGUCACGUGGACCGAUACGGCCACGACGAGACAAAAGCGCGCACGGAACCGCAGAGGCCGCCAGACGACAAGUCGGCCAUCAAGCUGAUCAACAGCUGGAUUCGGGAGGAGCUGGACUCCGAUAACGAAGGUAAAGGUUUCCCCUGCAAGAUCUGCGGCAAAUCGUACGACACGAAGAAGUCUUUGUCCAAGCACCAAGCGAACACACACGCCAGCCAGGAGGAAUGCUGCCCGAGCUGCGGCGGUAACGUGUGCAGCUGCGCUGAGCGCUGCAAGGAGAACCCGGAGAAGAGCAACAACGACGGCAAGUCGAAGCCAUACACGUGCGAGGAGUGCCACAAGUCCUUCGAGAAAGAGAUCAAACUGCAGAAGCACCUGCGGAUCCACGAGCGCGCCAAGGAGCAGCAGGACGUGAACUUCAAGCGAUUCCUCUGCCACAUCUGCAGCAAGACCUUCCGCCAGAACACCGGGCUAAUGUUCCACAUGCGCACGCAUACCGGCUACAAGCCACACGUAUGCAAGUACUGCGGCCGCGGUUUCACCUCCAACUCGAACUGCAUCAACCACGAGAGGACGCACACCGGCGACCGGCCGUUCGUCUGCCACUUCUGCAGCGCCGCCUUCGCCAAGUCGUGCACGCUCAAGGCCCACAUCACCACCCACACCGGCGAGGCCAACUAUCACUGCAAGACCUGCGGCAAGUCCUUCCGCCGCCUCAAGUACCUCAAGGAGCACCGGUUCACGCACACUGGCGAGAAGCCGUACGCCUGCAAGAUCUGCGGCACCGCCUACAGCCACUCCGGCAGCCUAUUCGUGCACGAGAAGAAGUGCAAGGCGCAGUACAACAGCUAUCAUCACCAGCCGGCGCAGAACGUGCAGCAACCCCCGGCCGCACCCCCGUACAACAACAGUCCCCAGGCCUCGCAGAACGUCGUGCAGGUCGCCGGUAUCUCGGUCGCGUCUUCCCCCACCGUCAUCGCCCCCAUCAUCGGCGGCUUACCGCAGGCUCACCUCAACGUCAUCAACAGCACGCUGAGCGCGCAGACCGGCAAGAGCUACGUGGCGGACAAUGUCCAGCGGAUGAACACCGCCACGGUCGUCUCGUCUGGUCUGCACGCGCACUCCAACGCCGGCGACAUCGCCGAGAUGAACUCGACCGUGCGGAACUUCGCCAUCAUCGGUCAGAUGUUUCACUCGUAGGGAAUGCGCACGGGACUAGCCCGGGAACGCGAGGAGACGCGCGAGACUUUUACUGUGAUACACAUACACAUACAUACGCACACACACACAUACACACAACACAUAUCUGUCUCUGCUCUUUGAAACGUUGCGAAACGUCGCUUUUUUCCUUUCCUUCUCUUCAUAAUCAUCGUCACGGUACGUUUUGUAACAUAUAUUAUCGCACAUAUGGGGGAAAAUGGGUGUAUGAGAAUGAGAGAGAGAGAGAGAGAGAGAGAGAGAGAGAGAGAGAGAAAGAGAGAAAGAGAGAGGUAUAUUUAUAUUUUACGAUUACUUUAUAUAGGAGAGAGAAAGGAGUUCUAGAGAAUGAAUAGGAUUUUUACCAGCAGAAUCUUUUUAAUUGUUUGUUAUCGCUGUACAUAUAUAUAAUCGUGUAAUCGACAAAUAGAUAGCUUAUCUGUCUAAUAAAAGUAACGUUACGGCAGUCGUGUAACGUUAAAUUAAACUCCCGCAUGGGGAUACGCGUCCCGCGUUAACAACGAGGAUAAUUUACACUCCUUCGUUUUCUCUCUACGAAUACACGUAACAUACUUAUCUGACUAGACUGGGAGUGACUCGUGUAUGCAACUUUAUUGAAUAAAUCAGUUUUGCACUCGUACGACUUGUUCGCAUGCCGGGAGAUCGGCGACUCUAUGAAUUUGCGAUUGUAUUUUAAACGCCAAUUAGUCAAAGCAUAUCUAGACCUAGAAAUAUUUAUAGAGAGAAAUUAUCAUAAUCGUUAAUCGAUCUGCAAAGAUGAAGUUGAUGUCUCCGAACCUUCGCCCUGGUCUUUUAACCCUCCAUUGCCCUCGUUUAAAAAAACGAAUUUUAGUUUUCUCGUAUUAAACAAAUUGUAUUAACAUAAUUUAGAAAAUAACUAUACAGAUAUAAUCAAAAUGGUUAUAAGUAAAAAGUCAGAAAGUUUCAGAGUCAACUUUUAUGCCACAUCUAAGUAAUUAAA